AUGUCCAUCGAAAACUUCAAGGACAAGGACCCCUUCGCCGAGGCUGAGGAAGCCACAGGCGGCGACACUUCGAAAUCCGAAGGCUACACCCAUAUCCGGAUUCAGCAACGCAAUGGACGCAAGACCCUGACUACUAUCCAGGGUCUGAACACCUCUGUUGACCCCAAGAAGGUUCUUAAGGCUAUGCGCAAGAACUUCGCUUGCAAUGGCACUGUUGUUACCGACGCCGAAAUGGGCGAGGUGAUUCAGCUGCAGGGUGAUCAGCGCAAACACUCUCUGGAGUUCCUAUCUCUGAACCCUAAGCAGGGUGGAGUCGGAAUUCCCGCGGCCAAGAUCAAGGUCCACGGGUUCUAA